GUUUGAAAGGCCCGAGCCCUGUGCGCUUGCGCACUUUAGCCCGCGCAGGGAGCACCCCCUCUUCGCUUCCCCCCAAACUCGGACUUCUUUCAUCCUUCGCGCCUGGCGAAGCCCAAGACGUUGACAUGCCGGAGAUCCGUCUCCGCCAUGUGGUGUCCUGCAGUAGCCAGGACUCGACCCACUGUGCAGAAAACCUUCUCAAGGCGGACACUUACCGAAAAUGGCGGGCAGCCAAGGCAGGCGAGAAGACCAUCUCUGUGGUGCUCCAGCUGGAGAAGGAGGAACAGAUACACAGCGUGGACAUCGGCAACGACGGCUCGGCCUUCGUGGAGGUGCUGGUGGGCAGCUCGGCUGGAGGGGCUGGGGAGCAAGACUACGAGGUCCUGCUGGUCACUUCGUCUUUCAUGUCCCCUUCUGAGAGCCGCAGUGGCUCAAACCCCAACCGCGUUCGCAUUUUUGGGCCCGACAAGUUGGUCCGGGCAGCAGCUGAGAAGCGCUGGGACCGCGUCAAAAUCGUUUGCAGCCAGCCCUACAGCAAGGACUCCCCCUAUGGCCUGAGUUUUAUACGGUUUCACAGCCCCCCAGACAAAGAGGAGGUGGAGGCCUCACCCCAGAAGGUGACCAAGCUUGGCCAGUUCCGCGUGAAGGAGGAGGAUGAGGGUGCUAACUCCCUGAGACCCGGGGCCCUCUUCUUCAGCCGGAUCAAUAAGACAUCCCCCGCCACAGCCACCGACCCAGCAGGACCCAGCUACGCAGCUGCUACGCUGCAGGCCUCUAGUGCCGCCUCUUCGGCCUCUCCAGUCUCCAGGGCAGUGGGCGGCGCCUCCAAGGUGAGAUUAUCAGACCCUGGUGGGGUGGAGAAGGAGGGGAGAAGCCACAGGCCUCGUCUCAUCCCAACCCCUCAGCCUCAGGAGGCCCCCAAAGGGAAGAGAAAAUUGGAUUUGAACCAAGAAGAAAAGAAGAUGCCCGGCAAAGCAUCAGCCCAGCCCUCACCACCUGCCCUCAAGAGACCCAAAUUGCCAGCUCCCACCCGUACCCCAGCCAGCAGCACCCCAGUCCCUGCUUCAGCACGAGGCACAGUGCCAGGGAAGACCCGAGAAGCCACGGAGCCCAGGGGGCCCCGAGCUGGCCCGCAGGAGCUGGGGAAGAUCCUUCAAGGUGUGGUGGUGGUGCUGAGUGGCUUCCAGAACCCCUUCCGCUCAGAGCUCCGGGACAAGGCCCUGGAGCUGGGGGCCAAGUAUCGGCCAGACUGGACUCCAGACAGCACCCACCUCAUCUGUGCCUUUGCCAACACCCCCAAGUACAGCCAGGUCCUAGGCCUUGGAGGCCGCAUCGUGCGGAAAGAGUGGGUGCUGGACUGUCACCGAAUGCGGCGGCGGCUGCCCUCCCGGAGGUACCUCAUGGCAGGGCCAAGCUCCAGCAGUGAGGAUGAAGGGGGCUCUCACAGCGGCAGCAGUGGGGAUGAAGCCCCCAAGCUCCCCCAAAAGCGCCCUCAGACCAAAACCAAGCCCCCUCAGGCAGCAGGACCCAGCUCACCCCAGAGACCCACAACCCCAGAAGAGACCAAACCAGCCUCAACAGGGCCUCGGGAAGAUACUGACACUGAGGGGGAACAGUCAGAAGAACUGGGCAAUGGGGCAGAAGAUUCUGGGGAUACUGAGGAUGAGCUGAGAAGGGUGGCCGAGCAGAGGGAGCAAAAGCAGCCCCCUGACCAGGGGGAGAAUGGCGAGGACCCGUAUGCAGGAUCCACAGAUGAGAACACAGACAAUGAGGGUCCCCCAGAGUCUCCCGACCUGCCAGUUCCGGAGCUCCCAGACUUCUUCCAGGGCAAACACUUCUUCCUGUAUGGGGAGUUCCCUGGGGACGAGCGGCGGAAGCUCAGCCGAUAUGUCACAGCCUUCAAUGGGGAACUUGAAGACUAUAUGAGCGACCGGGUCCAGUUUGUGAUCACAGCACAGGAGUGGGACCCCAGUUUUGAGGAGGCCCUGAUGGACAACCCCUCCUUGGUGUUUGUCCGCCCCCGAUGGAUCUACAGUUGCAACGAGAAGCAGAAGUUACUUCCCCACCAGCUUUAUGGGGUGGUGCCCCAGGCCUAAAGUAUGAGCCUGCGUGUGUGUGCACGCGUGUACUCAGGCGCGCACACACCCAUGUGCGCACACACACAAGAUGAGCUUAAUAAAGGUGACCUGUUUGGAACA